AUGAUCAUAAAGUCAGUCACAGUUACACCCGCCCUUUACCCAAGUUUGAUCGAUCGCGUUCCAGACCGGCACCGGAACGCUACCACGUCGCGUGAUGACUGUCUAGCGUGUUCCCGAAACGAUAGCAGCACGCACCACAGCAGUUCUCACCGUAGCCGGCCGCCGCAGCAAGACCACAAACGACGGCUUUCGGGCGAGCGAGGGCACUUCAGCGGCGUCAGCAGCAGCGCGCUACCCUACCGGUCUCGCCGUCUCUCGCGCGCGGCUGCCUUUACUGCCUCGCUCCCGUGUAGCACAGCCUUGGACUUCUGUAAUCUAUCUAUCGAUAUAAGUUUGUUUCUUAUCUAUCUAUCUAUCUUUCAUUAUCUAUCUUUACACUUAUCUACAUCUGUAUCUAUUUAUCUAUCUAUAUUCAUCUAUCUAUUUUCUAACUAUGUAUCUAUCUAUCUAUUUAUCUAUCUAUCUAUCUAUCUAUCCAAGUAUGUUCAUUCUCUCUCUCUCUCUAUUCAAGUACGUUUAUUAUUUAUCUAUCUAUAUAUCUCUCUUUAUCUAUCUAUCUAUCUAUCUAUCUCAGCCUGUUUAUAUCUAUCUAUCUAUCUAUCUCAGCCUGUUUAUAUCUAUCUAUCUAUCUAUCUAUCUAUCUAUCUAUCUAUCUAUCUAUCUAUCUAUCUCAGCCUGUUUAUAUCUAUCUAUCUAUCUAUCUCAGCCUGUUUAUAUCUAUCUAUCUAUCUAUCUAUCUAUCUAUCUCAGCCUGUUUAUCUAUCUAUCUAUCGAUCUAUCUAUCUAUCUAUCUAUCUCAGCCUGUUUCUCUCUCUCUCUCUCUCUCUCUCUCUCUCUCUCUAUCCAAGUAUGUUCAUUAGUUAUCUAUCCAUAUAUGUUCAUUCUCUAUCUUUACAUCUAUGGUCAUUAUCUAUCUCUACAUCUAUCUAUAUAUUUAUCUAUCUUCAUUAUCUCUCUCUAUCUAUCCAAGUAUCUUCAUUCUCUCUCUCUCUCUCUUUAUCCAACUAUCAUCAUUCUCUCUCUCUUUCUAUCCAAGUACGUUCCUUAUUUAUCUAUCUAUCCUUCAUUAUGUUCUUGUGUUUAGAAAAUAACAAAAUAAUUGUUCCAUGCGUUACUGGUUAA